GUAAAAAUUUGGAGUAUGGAGAGAGCUGCAGUCAGAGCUCCCGUUCCACUUCCCAACAAAGAAAUCUCAUUGGAGAGAAACCCUAUCAGUGCAUGGAAUGUGGAAAGAGCUUCAGUAGGAACUCCUCUCUCACUAAGCAUCAGAAAAUUCAUACAGGGGAGAAACCCUAUCAGUGUGUGGAAUGUGGAAAGAGCUUCACUGAAAACUCCAAUCUCACUAAGCAUCAGAGAAUUCAUACAGGGGAGAAACCCCAUCAGUGCAUGGAAUGUGGAAAGAGCUUCAGUAGGAGCUCCUCUCUCACUUCCCAUCAAAGAAUUCAUACAGGGGAGAAGCCCUAUCAGUGUGUGGAAUGUGGAAAGAGCUUCAUUAGCAGCCAUAGUCUCACUACCCAUCACAGAAUUCAUACAGGGGAGAAACCUUAUCAGUGUGUGGAAUGUGGAAAGAGCUUCAUUCAAGGCCAAAAUCUCACUUCCCAUCAAAGAAUUCAUACAGGCGAGAAACCCCAUCAGUGCAUGGAAUGUGGAAAGAGCUUCAGUAGGAGCUCCUCUCUCACUUCCCAUCAAAGAAUUCAUACAGGGGAGAAACCCUAUCAGUGCCUGGAAUGUGGAAAGAGCUUCAGUCAUGGCUCAACUCUCACUUACCAUCAGAGAAUUCAUACAGGAGAGAAGCCCUAUCAGUGUGUGGAAUGUGGAAAAAGCUUCAAUGAAAACUCCGAUCUCACUUACCAUCAAAGAAUUCAUACAGGGCAGAAACCUUAUCAGUGUGUGGAAUGUGGAAAGAGCUUCAGUCAAGGCCAAAGUCUCACUUCCCAUCAAAGAAUUCAUACAGGGGAGAAACCCCAUCAGUGUGUGGAAUGUGGAAAGAGCUUCAGUCGGAGGGACAUUCUCACUUCCCAUCAAAGAAUUCAUACAGGAGAGAAACCCUAUCACUGUGUGGAAUGUGGAAAGAGCUUCAGUCAUGGCUCAACUCUCACUUCCCAUCAGAGAAUUCAUACAGGGGAGAAACCGUAUCAGUGUGUGGAAUGUGGAAAGAGCUUCCGUCACAGCUACAAUCUCACUUACCAUAAAAGAAUUCAUACAGGGGAGAAACCUUAUCAGUGCAUGGAAUGUGGAGAGAGCUUCAGUCAUGGCUCAACUCUCACUUCCCAUCGAAGAAUUCAUACAGGGGAGAAACCCUAUCAGUGUGUGGAAUGUGGAAAGAGCUUCAGUCAUGGCUCAAAUCUCACUUCCCAUCAGAGAAUUCAUACAGGAGAGAAACCCUAUCAGUGUGUGGAAUGUGGAAAGAGCUUCACUGAAAACUCCAAACUCACUAAGCACCAGAGAAUUCAUACAGGGGAGAAACCUUAUCAGUCUGUGGAAUGUGGAAGGAGCUUCAGUAUGGGCUCUGAUCUCACUUCCCAUCAAAGAAUUCAUACAGGGGAGAAACCUUAUCAGUGCGUGGAAUGUGGAAAGAGCUUCAGUAAGAGCCACAAUCUCACUUCCCAUAAAAGAAUUCAUACAGGGGAGAAACCUUAUCAGUGCAUGGAAUGUGGAGAGAGCUUCAGUCAUGGCUCAACUCUCACUUCCCAUCGAAGAAUUCAUACAGGGGAGAAACCCUAUCAGUGUGUGGAAUGUGGAAAGAGCUUCAUUAAUUGCUCAAAGCUCACUUCCCAUCAGAGAAUUCAUACAGGAGAGAAACCCUAUCAGUGUGUGGAAUGUGGAAAGAGCUUCACUGAAAACUCCAAACUCACUAAGCAUCAGAGAAUUCAUACAGGGGAGAAACCUUAUCAGUGCGUGGAAUGUGGAAAGAGCUUCAGUAAGAGCCACAAUCUCACUUCCCAUCAAAGAAUUCAUACAAAGGUUGGAAAAUCCUUCAUUAUAUAACUUUAGGAGCCAGUCAAAUACCCACCUUCUUAACCAGGCCCCCCAUCAAUAUUUUAUUCAA